AUGGCGAAUGCUUGUCUUGCCAAUUUGGUAUUGAUCCUGGCUGCUCUCUCUGCCAUAUCGUUGAGUAGUGCUGAAGAUGAACAAGACACACGAGCCCGAAGGCCAUACAUUAUUCACAUAGUCAAGUCCGCGAAACCCAGCCAUUUUACUUCACACCAGCACUGGUAUGCUUCAAUGCUUGACCAGCUCUCGCAGUCAGAUCCCAAUGGAAGGGAGUUGUUAUAUACGUAUAAUACUGUCUUGCAUGGGUUUGCUGCGAUGCUGAGCAGCGCAGAGGUUGAAGCCAUGGAGAGUAUGGACGGGUGCUUAGCUGUAAUUCCGUCCUCUGUUCAUCAACUUGACACCACGCAUUCACCUGAGUUCCUGGGCCUUUCCGGCCCCUCUGGAGUGUGGUCGAAUUUCUCCACUUACGGCCAAGAUAUCAUCGUGGGCGUGAUUGAUACAGGCAUAUGGCCUGAGAGCAAAAGCUUCAGUGAUGCAGGUCUUGGACCCGUUCCCUCUAGAUGGAAUGGCAGUUGUCAAGUCGGGCAGAAUGACUUCAAUACUACCAUUAAUCCAACCUCGGAGUACGCAUCUCCUCGAGACAGCAAUACCCAUGGAACACAUGUAGCUUCUAUUCUUGCGGGAGCUGAGGUGAAUGUUUCCAGUUCGUAUGCCAACGGAACAGCGAGUGGAAUGGCCCCUCAAGCCAGGCUGGCCAUCUACAAAGUCUGCUGGGCAAAGGGUUGCAGCACCACUGACAUAGCCGCUGCGAUGGAUGAAGCAGUUGCUGAUGGAGUUGACAUCAUUUCAAUCUCAAUCGGUUCAUCAGACGUGCCUUUUUACCAGAGCUCAAGAGCCAUUGCAACAUUCGGGGUCAUAGAAAAGGGUUUUCCUGUUUUUGCCUCGAUGGGAAACAGAGAACCAAAUUCAUCUAGUCUGAGUAACCCAAUACCAUGGGUUACGACUGUAGGUUUUAUAGGGAUCAAUCGAGGCAGGUCCAGCCAGUGCUACGUGAUAAGAAUGGACAAUGUGAUAAAUGACAAUGUUGAUAACUUCUCGACAAUGUGGUAA